CAUCAAAUUCUCAAUUGCAACAUUUCGGCUCAGAAACACGUUUUGGGACUGGUUUCUCCUCAUUUUUCAACCGACUUGCGGGUCCUUUGUUUUUAGUAUCCCACGGGAAAUCUUUCUAGUCCUCGGGUUCCGAUCAGUCUCAAGUAACAGGCAAGCGCGAUGGAUGGAAGCUCUGCAAUUGACUACCCAUUACUCGCUCGUGAAGUUAGUUAUCAUGUUCUAUCUUCAUUUACCGUUCAGCUAUGGGACAUAGUCAUUACUUUACGGAGCGAGAUAGAGUUUAUAUGGCCGAAACCUUGGAACUCGUUUUUCAAGUGGUUGUACUUGUCCCUCCGAUAUUUCAGUCUUGCAACACAGAUAUUCCACCAAUUCGCAGUCCCUUACUUUAACAGCGGGAAAGCUUCAAGAUCAAGCUGUUUUGCAUGGUAUGUGUAUAGUGCCCUUGUAGCACAGUUCCAGACAACCGCUGUCGAGAUCAUCUUGGCUGUCCAAGUGUAUGCAUUGUUCAAUAGAAGUCGCCGCAUCGCUAUCGUAUUGGGGUCGCUGAUGACACUCGAGUAUAUAAUUCUCGCGAUCGUGAUCACUGGCUAUUUCCAUAGGAUCCCCUCCAUUCCUCAUUGCAUUCUAUCAAAACCACCGUAUCAGAUAAUAUAUCCCACCAUUGUGGCGGUCGCACUGCAAAGUACACUUCUAGGUCUUGCUCUGAUAAAACAUAUCUUGGCCAGACGCGCUGGCUGGGGUCGAGCACCACUGGUCUCGCUUUUGAUUAGGGACGGAAUGGCCACGUAUUUUGUAUUAUGUGUGAUGCUCUUCUGCGUCGGUUUAUUUUGCGAGCUCCGUGAUGAGCGCGCUGUAAUCAUGUUCUUUUGGGUAAUCCCAAUUACGUCAUCAUGUGGCUGUCGACUUAUAGUCAACAUGCAACGUAUGGUAGUAGCUGAGAAGCUUGUACCACGUUCUCCUAUUACCUCAGAGAUUGAGGUUGAAUUUUCAUUUCAAUCAAUGUGAUAUCUUGUGCUACAGUGCAGUCAUCCUGGCCAUAAUUAU